AGGUAUCAUGUUCUCAACAAUGAGAACAGGGCUGAUGGGGCUCAGGUCACAGAGCUGCUGGAGAAGAUAGAGGAGAUGGUGGCAGGGCAUGGAGGCUCUCACUAUGAAGUAGAUAGAAUGCUCUUACAGGAGGUGGAAGAGAAGAGGAGGGUAGUGGAACAGCGAGUGAAACAGAGGAUGACGAUGGUUCAGACGCAGAGACAAACUCUCAGAGCACUUUUUGAGGGGGAGGAGCACCGUCUCUCAGAGCUGAGGAUUGUGCUGCUGGGGGGGAGAUGGAGUGGGAAGAGUUCAGCAGGAAACACCAUCCUGGGCAGAGAGGAGUUUGAGUCUGGAGUAAGAACUGCACAGUGUGUGAAGAGACAGGGUGAAGUAGCUGGGAGACAGGUCACUGUGGUCGACACACCAGGCUGGUGGAGUAAUUAUUCUGUGAAUGACACUGCAGAGCUGGAUAAACAAGAGAUUGUGCGCAGUGUGUCUCUGUGUCCCCCGGGACCCUGCGCUCUCUUCCUGGUCAUUAAUGUGAGCACAGUGUUCAGAGAGGAACACAGGAGAUCAGCGGUGGAACACCUGGAGCUUCUCAGUGAGAGAGUCUGGAGACACACUAUAGUGCUGUUCACCAGGGGAGACUGGUUGGGAGACACAACCAUUGAGCAGCACAUUGAGACUAAAGGGAGGGCCCUCCAAGAGCUCAUAGAGAAAUGUGGGAACAGGUAUCAUGUUCUCAACAAUAAGAACAGGGCUGAUGGGACUCAGGUCACAGAGCUGCUGGAGAAGAUAGAGGAGAUGAUGGCAGGGCAUGGAGGCUCUCACUAUGAAGUAGAUAGAAUGCUCUUACAGGAGGUGGAAGAGAAGAGGAGGGCAGUGGAACAGCGAGUGAAACAGAGGAUGACGAAGGUUCAGAUGCAGAGAAAGACUCUCAGAGCACUUUUUGAGGGGGAGGAGCACCGUCUCUCAGAGCUGAGGAUUGUGCUGCUGGGGGGGAGAUGGAGUGGGAAGAGUUCAGCAGGAAACACCAUUCUGGGCAGAGAGGAGUUUGAGUCUGGAAUAAGAACUGCACAGUGUGUGAAGAGACAAGGUGAAGUAGCUGGGAGACAGGUCACUGUGGUCGACACACCAGGCUGGUGGAGUAAUUAUUCUGUGAUGGGCACUGCAGAGCUGGAUAAACAGGAGAUUGUGCGCAGCGUGUCUCUGUGUCCCCCGGGACCCUGCGCUCUCUUCCUGGUCAUUGAUGUGAGCUCAGUGUUCAGAGAGGAACACAGGAGAUCAGCGGUGGAACACCUGGAGCUUCUCAGUGAGAGAGUCUGGAGACACACUAUAGUGCUGUUCACCUGGGGAGACUGGCUGGGAGACACAACCAUUGAGCAGCGCAUUGAGUCUGAAGGGAGGGCCCUCCAAGAGCUCAUAGAGAAAUGUGGGAACAGGUAUCAUGUUCUCAACAAUGAGAACAGGGCUGAUGGGACUCAGGUCACAGAGCUGCUGGAGAAGAUAGAGGAGAUGAUGGCAGGGCAUGGAGGCUCUCACUAUGAAGUAGAUAGAAUGCUCUUACAGGAGGUGGAAGAGAAGAGGAGGGCAGUGGAAGAACGAGUGAAACAGAGGAUGACAAAGGUUCAGAAACAGAGAAUGACCCUUAGAGCACUUUUUGAGGGGGAGGAGCACCGUGUCUCAGAGCUGAGGAUUGUGCUGCUGGGGGGGAGACUGAGUGGGAAGAGUUCAGCAGGAAACACCAUCCUGGGCAGAGAGGAGUUUGAGUCUGGCAUAAGAACUGCACAGUGUGUGCAGAGACAGGGUGAAGUAGCUGGGAGACAGGUCACUGUGGUCGACACACCAGGCUGGUGGACGAAUUAUUCUGUGAAUGACACCACAGAGCUGGAUAAACAGGAGAUUGUGCGCAGUGUCUCUCUGUGUCCCCCGGGACCCUGCGCUCUCUUCCUGGUCAUUAAUGUGAGCUCAGCAUUCAGAGAGGAACACAGGAGAUCAGCGGUGGAACACCUGGAGCUUCUCAGUGAGAGAGUCUGGAGACACACUAUAGUGCUGUUCACCUGGGGAGACUGGCUAGGAGACACAACCAUUGAGCAGCACAUUGAGACUGAAGGGAGGGCCUUCCAAGGGCUCGUAGAGAAAAGUGGGAACAGGUAUCAUGUUCUCAACAAUGAGAACAGGGCUGAUGGGGCUCAGGUCACAGAGCUGCUGCAGAAGAUAGAGGAGAUGAUGGCAGGGCAUGGAGGCUCUCUCUAUGAAAUAGAUAGAAUGCUCUUACAGGAGGUGGAAGAGAAGAGGAGGGCAGUGGAAGAACGAGUGAAACAGAGGAUGACAAAGGUUCAGAAACAGAGAAUGACCCUUAGAACACUUUUUGAGGAGGAGGAGCACCGUCUCUCAGAGCUGAGGAUUGUGCUGCUGGGGGAGAGACGGAGUGGGAAGAGUUCAGCAGGAAACACCAUCCUGGGCAGAGAGGAGUUUGAGUCUGGAAUAAGAACUGCACAGUGUGUGAAGAGACAGGGUGAAGUAGCUGGGAGACAGGUCACUGUGGUCGACACACCAGGCUGGUGGGUGACAUAUUCUGUGAAGAACACUGCAGAGCAGGAUAAACAGGAGAUUGUGCGCAGUGUGUCUCUGUGUCCCCCGGAACCCUGCGCUCUCUUCCUGGUCAUUGAUGUGAGCUCAGCAUUCAGAGAGGAACACAGGAGAUCAGCGGUGGAACACCUGGAGCUUCUCAGUGAGAGGGUCUGGAGACACACUAUAGUGCUGUUCACCAGGGGAGACUGGUUGGGAGACACAACCAUUGAGCAGCACAUUGAGACUGAAGGGAGGGCCCUCCAAGAGCUCAUAGAGAAAUGUGGGAACAGGCAUCAUGUUCUCAACAAUGAGAACAGGGCUGAUGGGACUCAGGUCACAGAGCUGCUGCAGAAGAUAGAGGAGAUGAUGGCAGGGCAUGGAGGCUCUCUCUAUGAAGUAGAUAGAAUGCUUUUACAGGAGGUGGAAGAGAAGAGGAGGGCAGUGGAAGAACGAGUGAAACAGAGGCUGACAAAGGUUCAGAAUCAGAGAAGAACUCUCAGAGCAUUUCUUGAGGGAGAGGAGCACCGUCUCUCAGAGCUGAGGAUUGUGCUGCUGGGGGGGAGUGACAGUGGGAAGAGUUCAGCAGGAAACACCAUCCUGGGAAGAGAGGAGUUUGCGUCUGGAAUAAGAACUGCACAGUGUGUGAAGAGACAUGGUGAAGUUUCUGGGAGACAGGUCACUGUGGUCGACACACCAGGCUGGUGGACGAAUUAUUCUGUGAAGGACACCACAGAGCUGGAUAAACAAGAGAUUGUGCGCAGUGUGUCUCUGUGUCCCCCGGGACCCUGCGCUCUCUUCCUGGUCAUUGAUGUGAGCUCAGUGUUCAGAGAGGAACACAGGAGAUCAGUGGUGGAACACCUGGAGCUUCUCAGUGAGAGAGUCUGGGGACACACUAUAGUGCUGUUCACCAGGGGAGACUGGUUGGGAGACACAACCAUUGAGCAGCACAUUGAAACUAAAGGGAGGGCCCUCCAAGAGCUCAUAGAUAAAUGUGGGAACAGGUAUCAUGUUCUCAACAAUAAGAACAGGGCUGAUGGGACUCAGGUCACAGAGCUGCUGGAGAAGAUAGAGGAGAUGAUGGCAGGGCAUGGAGGCUCUCUCUAUGAAAUAGAUAGAAUGCUCUUACAGGAGGUGGAAAAGAAGAGGAGGGCAGUGGAAGAACGAGUGAAACAGAGGCUGACAAAGGUUCAGAAUCAGAGAAAAACUCUCAGAGCAUUUCUUGAGGGGGAGGAGCACCAACUCUUAGAGCUGAGGAUUGUGCUGCUGGGGGGGACACGGAGUGGGAAGAGUUCAGCAGGAAACACCAUCCUGGGCAGAGAGGAGUUUGAGUUUGGAGUAAGAACUGCACAGUGUGUGAAGAGACAGGGUGAAGUAGCUGGGAGACAGGUCACUGUGGUCGACACACCAGGCUGGUGGACGAAAUAUUCUGUGAAGGACACCACAGAGCUGGAUAAACAAGAGAUUGUGCGCAGUGUGUCUCUGUGUCCCCCGGGACCCUGCGCUCUCUUCCUGGUCAUUAAUGUGAACACAGUGUUCAGAGAGGAACACAGGAGAUCAGUGGUGGAACACCUGGAGCUUCUCAGUGACAGAGUCUGGGGACACACUAUAGUGCUGUUCACCAGGGGAGACUGGCUGGGAGACACAACCAUUGAGCAGCACAUUGAGACUGAAGACAGCGCCCUCCAAGAGCUCAUAGCGAAAUGUGGGAGCAGGUAUCAUGUUCUCAAUAAUGAGAUCAGGGCUGAUGGGACUCAGGUCACCCAGCUGCUGGAGAAGAUAGAGGAGCUGAUGGCAGAGCAGGGAGGCUCUCUAUAUGAAAUAGAUAGAAUGCUCUUACAGGAGGUGGAAGAGAAGAGGAGGGCAGUGGAACAGCGAGUGAAACAGAGGAUGACAAAGGUUAAGAUGCAGAGAAAGACUCUCAGAGCACUUUUUGAGGGGGAGGAGCACCGUCUCUCAGAGCUGAGGAUUGUGCUGCUGGGGGAGAGACUGAGUGGGAAGAGUUCAGCAGGAAACACCAUCCUGGGUAGAGAGGAGUUUGAGUCUGGAAUAAGAACUGCACAAUGUGUGAAGAGACAGGGUGAAGUAGCUGGGAGACAGGUCACUGUGGUCGACACACCAGGCUGGUGGGUGUCAUAUUCUGUGAAGAACACUGCAGAGCUGGAUAAACAGGAGAUUGUGCGCAGUGUGUCUCUGUGUUCCCCGGGACCCUGCGCUCUCUUCCUGGUCAUUGAUGUGAGCUCAGCGUUCGGAGAGGAACACAGGAGAUCAGUGGUGGAACACCUGGAGCUUCUCAGUGAGAGAGUCUGGAGACACACUAUAGUGCUGUUCACCUGGGGAGACUGGCUGGGAGACACAACCAUUGAGCAGCGCAUUGAGACUGAAGGGAGGGCCCUCCAAGACCUCAUAGAGAAAUGUGGGAACAGGUAUCAUGUUCUCAACAAUAAGAACAAGGCUGAUGGGACUCAGUUCACAGAGCUGCUAAAGAAGAUAGAGGAGAUGGUAGCCAGGAACAGGGCUGUUUCAUUCUCCAUAGAGGAGAGAGACAAUGAUGGCAAAUUCACAGGAAAGAUGAUGGUUCAACGGAAGAGCUUUGAGGAGGAAUGGAGCAGAAGAGAGGAGGAGCUUAUAGAGAGGAUGUCAAAGAUUGUGGUUGACUCAAAGAAAGAGGGAUCCCCUCUGCCAUUCAAGAGGAGAAGCAGCUUGGAUAUUCUUCCACCUUCUUUGAGUGGAGGGACUCCAGCCCCCUCUGAAGCAGGCAGCUCUGUAUCGGCUUACCAAUCUGCUCAUGAGGUUUCCAGUAAGAAUGUAUCAUGGUGGCUGGAAAAUAAUAAACCAGGGAGUUCAGCAUCAUCUGGAUACGGAACACGGAGUUCUGUAGUGAGUGAAGCAGAGAAGCCUGACAGGGUGACUCUGGAAGAAGACAGUGUAGGUGACACGCCACACUAAACACUGCUCUACACUGCCCCCUGUGGUAGAUUGUGUAACUACUUCAUCUGCUGUUUUUUUC